AUGACUACAAAGAACACGUUUGAAACUCCAGGAGCAACAAACGACGGAAACGAAAACUUCAUUUGUGUUGCUUCGGUUAGUGCGUGCAGCCCCGACAAGAAAAUUGUCGAUAAGUUCCUGUCAACAAACAUUUUUGCGAGUGAAAUAUCGUAUAACCCGACUGGUGGAAAGAUGGACGAGCUUUCUAAAGUGUGUAAAAAGCGCACAGUGAUCAUUACGAAGAAGAGUCUACCAUCAGUCUUAGAAAGAGAACCUGUUGUCUCAACCGAGGAAGUGACUCUUACUCCAAUUCAAUCUAACACGGACGACAUUGAAAAACAGAUCGAAAAGGUUGCUUCGUUGAUUGAAAGUACAAGCACUAACACUGGGAAGAUCUCACAACUUCAAAGACAGUUGAUGGGUAUUUUGUGUGCGAAUGUUAAUGGUGGUGUAUUGGCUGUGUGUAACACCUUUUUUACAAAAGAAAAUAUCAAAAACUUCGGACAAAACGACGUGAAGAAUUUGUAUGAUUCGAUUCUCCGUGUUGUUGAUUUGUGUAAGACUGGACUCCGACUCCACAAGUCCUUCAUGAAAAUCGAAUUUUCUCGACUGCAAAAUGUGAUGGAGCUUGGGCUUGUUAAUAUUGAAAGAACACUGAGGGAGUGUGGUGUGAUCAUUGACGCAUACAUGCAAGGCGAAACAGAACCAAAUCAAGAGGAACCCGAGCAACCUGAACAACAAGAACAUCCUGUCAAUUAA